AUGGAAAAAAGUGCCGAUGGACUGCUGUUCCGCUCCGAGAGAAAUAAUGGUGCCGAUGAAGUAGUCAUGGACAGUGUUGAAGAAAGGGUGGCCAUUUUAGACGCAGGUUCACAAUAUGGGAAAGUAAUUGACCGGAAAGUUCGUGAAUUAAAUGUCUGCAGUGAAAUUAUGCCACUUGAUACACCUGCUUUUACUCUUCAGGAAAAGGGAUAUAAGGCUAUUAUAAUAUCUGGUGGUCCUAGUUCAGUAUACGCAGAAGAUGCACCUAGAUACGAUGCUGAUAUCUUUCGAAUAGGGAUUCCUGUACUAGGCAUUUGUUACGGUAUGCAGAUGAUGAACAAAGAAUUCAGUGGUACCGUAACCAGAAGGGAGAGUCGGGAGGACGGUCAACUUCCUAUUGAAGUUGAUACCAAGUGCCUGUUAUUUAAGGGCUUGGACAAAGAACAAAUGGUACUGCUUACACAUGGAGAUAGCAUAAACAGGGUGGCCGACUGUUUUCGUACUACUGCCAGAUCGUCAAGCUUUAUAACGGGCAUAGCGAGCGAUAAGAUGAACUUGUAUGGCGUGCAAUUUCAUCCGGAAGUAGAUUUGACGCCUAACGGCAAAUUAAUGCUACAUAACUUUUUAUUCGGUAUCGCUGGCCUUACGGGUAACUAUACGCUCCAUGACCGGGAAGCGCAGUGUAUGCAAUACAUCAGAAAUACUGUAGGCGACAAAAAAGUUUUGUUAUUAGUGAGUGGUGGCGUGGACUCGACAGUGUGCGCAGCUCUGUUACAGAAAGCUUUAAAUAAGGAUCAAGUUAUAGCUCUACACAUUAAUAACGGCUUCAUGCGUAAGGGAGAGACGCAAUUCGUGGAACAAAGUUUAGCCCAACUGUGCGUUACAUUAAGAGUGGUGAACGCUGCCCGCUGUUUCAUGCAAGGCGCGACGACCGUUCCGUUAGACAACGUCGCGCCGAUGGUAAACGCCAAUGUUACGAAUAACAAGGGGAUGUGCGGUACGGCGAGCAGCCCGAGAACCAGAUUAACCAAGAUGCUGUGCGAGACUACCAAUCCAGAGGAGAAGCGAAAAAUUAUAGGAGACGUUUUCGUGAAGGUCGCGAACGAAGCGAUGACCGAAAUGGGUUUGAAGCCGGAAGACGUUUUCCUCGGACAGGGCACUCUCAGGCCCGAUCUUAUAGAAAGUGCAAGCGCUCUAGCCAGUGGUAAAGCAGACGCCAUAAAGACGCACCACAACGAUAGCGAGCUUGUACGAGUGUUACGAGCGCAGGGCCAGGUAGUCGAACCACUGAAAGAUUUUCAUAAGGACGAAGUGAGACAAUUGGGCAGCGAUCUCGGCCUGCCAGCGGCGCUCGUCGCGCGCCAUCCGUUCCCCGGUCCCGGACUCGCAGUACGAAUUCUUUGCGCGGAUGAGCCUUACAUAGAGAAGGACUUCUCCGAAACACAGGUCAUAGUGAAGAUAAUGGCCGAGUACGAACAGAUGCUUCAGAAGAAGCACGCAUUGUUGAACCGUGUGGAGGGUGCGACAACCGAAGGCGAACGUCAACAACUCCGUAGAGUCUCGAGUCAUCGUCAUAUCGCGGCGACACUCUUGCCCAUUCGUAGCGUAGGAGUUCAGGGUGAUCGAAGAAGUUACAGCUACGUCGUAGGUUUAUCAUGCGAAGAGACCGUUUCCGAGGGAGUGGAGUGGGAGGAUAUGUUGUUCCUCGCACAGUUAAUCCCACGCGUAUGCCACAAUGUGAAUCGCGUAUGCUACAUCUUCGGGCCACAGCUUCACCAUCCGAUCCAGGACAUCACGCCCACGUAUCUCACCUCGAAUGUGAUAGCGACUCUGCGACAGGCGGACCACUUAGCCAAUCAAGUGUUAGCUGCGAACGGCUGCAUGUCGGCCGUCAGCCAGAUGCCCGUUGUCCUAAUUCCCAUACACUUUGACCGUGAUGCAGCAUGCCGAACGCUGUCAUGUCAACGCUCCGUUGUGCUUAGGCCGUUCUGCACUAACGAUUUUAUGACCGGCAUACCCGCCAUUCCCGGCAAGGAUCUGCCAAUACAUGUGGUGAAAAAGAUGGUAACUGAAAUAUCCACGGUGCCCGGAAUCUCACGCGUUUUAUAUGAUCUUACGUCUAAACCGCCGGGAACAACCGAAUGGGAGUAGUGACCGCUCAUCUGGCUCCUUUCUAUUUUUUCACCAUCCCUACGCGCGCGUGACGACUACAAAGUGAAAAAGUAUAUUUAAAAAUAUAUAUAUAUAUACAAAUAUAUAGAUAUAUAUAUGGAUAUAUAUAUAUACAGUAUACACACUAUAUGUAUAUACAUAUAUACAUAUACAUAGUACGAAAGAUACACGAAAUCGAGGUUGAUGACUUCUUACUAAUUUAUACAAGACCGAGCGAACUUUUUCAAAGGCAUGCAUUAAACGAGCCGUAUAUCACUGGCUUCUCUAGACAAAGAAUAUUUGCGUUCGAAAUCCUAAAGGUAAGUAAAUACGUUUUGCUUGUAAAUAGAAGAUUCUUAUGUUACACACAUUUAUUGUAAAAUUGUUAAUUUAUUAAAUUCCCCGAGGUUUCG